AUGCCAAACAGCCCGUCAGUACCACCCGGGCCCGCGGACAGAAGCAAGAUCAGCCCUCGAGACCCAGCAGAGGCGGGAACAAGUUCGAAAACAUGGCCUAAGUUCUCCUUCUGGAAAGAAACCCGUGCCCCUCUCCCAUCCCAGGAGGAGGAGGACUUCGCAGCUCCAAUAGUGCAGAAGACACAGGCUCCUAUCCGCAUAACGAACCUGACUCCCGGCCCUGGGCCCCAUCCUUUCCAGGUCAUCUCCCCACAACGUGCCGCCCCGACCCCAGCGUUCAGCCCCAGACGGAAGACCCGCCCGCCUUCUGACCAGCCUUCGGGGGACUGGGGUCUGGGUGCUCCUGCGCGGAAGCACAACGCCGCCUUAAAGUCCUCUGCUUUUGUCUCGCUGCUCCCUCUGUGGUCCUGGAGUGAACGGAAGAGAAAAACGGAAAUGUGGGGGAAGGUUUUGAAGGAAGAAGUAGCAGAACUGACUACCGAACCCCGCAACUCGAGGGGUGAGCACGAUGCCCAGGUGGCAGGUCACAGUCAGUGCCGGCACGCGGUGGUCACCGCGAGGCUGCGCACCUGUGACACGCCGGCGCCAGACAGGAGAGCGCCGAGGGGGCUUGCCGAGCGCCGGGCUCCAGGCUCCUGGAGGGGGGGCUGCACUCGAGCGGAGCGUUGGAGGAUGGCACGGGAUCGGCCACCUCCCUGAGAAGGUGAAUGGGGAGAACACAUUCCAGGGAAUGGCACGAGCCACGCCCCGGGGCCAGGGGGUUGCUCCUCAGCUACUCCUGGCCUGACCCCCACGGGACCCUGGUGCGUGGAGGAGGCGCGGGGGGCGGGGCGCAGGGCACAGGUGCGGGCGCGCCCAGUGAAAAUCUGUCGCGCGUCCUGCUACAAGUAAGAACAUAUUUCAUAGGAGAAAAGUCAAAGAGAGAGUAUCAGAGAAGGUAUUGAACUUUACCAAACUUUCCAGUGAGAUUAUUUUCACUGCGCUUGCCUCCACGCAGGUAACUUUUUAUAUCUGGUUUGAGGCCCCCGUGGCUCUGUGGCGUUCCCUUGACUGAGACGUUUCAGCGAUGAUCCCUUCGGGUUCCUCCUAGUUUGCGUGGGCUUCGGGCAGAGGCCGACAUCCUCUGACACCUGACGCGGCCUGGGGAGUGGGAACGCACGGCCACAGAAUUCAGAUGACAAAUGUCCCACAAGCCCGAGAGUAUCGGACCACGGAGAACGAUGCCCACGGAACUGGAGACGACACAUGCCCUGAGUUCCCAAACGAGAGGAUGGAAAACAAGCCCUCAAGACGCGUGGUCACUGGACGCCGCAGACGUGCGUUGGAGCGCAUGCUGCAGACUCUUAGAGAAGAGCCUGGCGAGCGCUCCGAGCGCGCCGUCCAGACGCAGCUUCCUUUCUCUAUUUUCUCAGAUAAAAUGGCAGGAUAUUGAAAGCAUGCAAUGUGAUGAUUCGAUAUACCUAUACCCUCAGCGGUCUCCCCUCACAUAACCAGUUUGAGGUUUUUUGGUGAGAACGUCCAAGUUCUACUCUCGGCGAAUUUCAAUUAUACAAUGUCGUAUUAUCAACUACAGUCACCAUGUUAGGCAUCGGAUUGUCAAAACUUAUUCAUCUCAAACCUGAAAAUUGGUACUUGUAAAAACUACUUCUCCUAUUUCCCCCCAACCCCUGACCCCAGGCAACCACAUUU